AAGAAGAAGAAGUAGUAUAAUUCUCGAGGCCAGAACAUCCGGUGCCAGCGCGCGGAAUGCGGCAGGGGUGUCGAACCCAUGAGACCCAUCCCAUCAGAACCGUAACGUAAAUUAGCCCGACUCUGCUGCAUCGAAGACGUCGCCGGUUCAAAGAAGGGACCAUGCUCUAUUUGUUUGCAAUCCUGAAGGUGUGUUUCCACGCCACAGUGUUGCUCACACUAGCAGCACCUUUUUUUCUCGUGUGGAGUUUCUGGCGAAUCUCGUCUGGGCUCUUAGCACUGCCGCAGCACUUGUAUCAAAUUGGCGACGAUAUCCUCUUUCAUUUCUAUCUGCGCGUGAUUCUCGUUGCGGUAGAAGACCUUGUCGGAUUAAAGGUUUACUUUUACGGCGACAUCAGUCGCGUUGUGAAGAAACGAGAGCGUGCGGUGUACCUGGUAAACUACCAAUCGACUUUCGAUUGGAUAGGAGUAAAUUUACUAGCCGAAAGGGCUGGAAGUCUGGGAAAUCUGCGGUACAUAAUCAAGCAGUCCCUCCAAUCAGUGCCUCUCUACGGCUUCUAUUUUUAUCAGCAUGGUUGCAUCUACGUCAAUAAUGAACAGAUCAACAAAUCAAAAAUGAAGAGGGCGUUGGCUUAUCUGGCAGAUAAGAACGUUGAGUCAAGCGUCGUGCUGUUUCCAGAAGGAAUUCGAUUUGACCCGAACAACAAUUUCGCGAUAAAGAUGAGCGUGGAAUAUGCAAUGAGCAAAGAAUUACGACCCAUGAAACAAGUAUUGAUGCCAAGAACUCGAGGAGCGGUAACUGUAUUGCAAACUCUCAAGAAAAACAUGGAUGCUGUAUAUACUGUGACACUUAUAUAUGACGGAACGAGAACGUCAUCUGGUCAUCGAUUACCUUCGCCAUCACUGUUUGACGUCUUUGCUGGAAAAUGCAAAGACAUCCACAUCCACGUGAAAAGAACUUCGAUGAACAAUGUUCCCGAUGACGCUACUGACAUCAAGCAAUUUGUCCUCAACGAGUUCUACGAGCAAGACGCUCUGCUUGACUCUUACUACAGCAUGGAACCUGACGAAUACCCUGCUGAACUAUCAGUUGGUGCGCACAUCCCUUACAACAGUGCCUACAACACUAUUAGUGUCAUCAUCAGCGGCAUUUGCUUGAGCUCACUCCUCUUCACAAAUUACGGCUUCAAUCUGCUGUGGAAGACAUGGGUGUUUGGCUCAGUAUUUGGCUACUCGUGGCUUGGAAUGAUCUCGAUGGCCUGAAGCGGGCAAGGUCACAAGGUCACAUCACACGCCACCUGGUGGUAGUAGUUUUAAAACCUCGUGGGUUUCGAUGGCCGCUGGCAAACCAGGAGUUGGCAAUGCAUCCUUUAUUAACAUGAAUAUAGCAAUGAGUCAACUCAGGGA